AAUUUUGACACAGGGUCUCUCUAAGUUGCUAAGCUGCCCAGGCUGGGCUCAAACUUGGAGUCCUCCUGCCUCGGCCUCUCAGUGCUGAUAUGACAGGCCUGUGCCAUCGUAGCUGGCUGAGAUGAGCUUUGCAGCCCCUUAGUGUCACUUCUGAGAUCAAGGGUGUGUGCCUUGGGGGAAACCAGGGUGUCAGGAGGAGGGCACCCAGCCUAGCUAUGGAGGGGCCAGGGCUCUGGGGCGAGCAGACCUGGCAUGGGUACAGCCUGUGCCUGGCCCGAGGCGAGGCCACAGCCUGAGAGACAGGAAGGCAUCAGGUCCUCUAGAGGGAGCACCGGGGAUCCCGCAGGCUUGGCUGGGCUUCACAUGUGUGGGUGCAGGGGCCGUGCAGGCCACCACAUCAGGGAGCCCUGGAAGGGGACAACGGUGCCAGCUGCAGCUGGAGGAGCCGUGGGUGCCGAGCCCGUCUGCCACUGGCCAUGGGCCUGGGCUCCUUCCUGUCCUUCCUGUCCUCACCGUCUUCCUGGCUCAGAGGACCCAGCUGCCUCGGGGCCAGGUGGGCAGGGUGACAGACAGGCGGGGGACUAGGCUCCUCUCAAUGGGAGUCAGGGGUGCUUCCGGGUCCCAGGCAGCCACAGUGACCCUAACACCCACAAGCUGGGGAUGCUGCCAGCAGAUGUGGGGUCCACAGUCACCGUGGACUCCUCCUUCAGGACGGAUGCCUCCUGCCUGGUGCUGGGCAGGGUCAGAAGCCCCGCUGCUGGACCCCAGGAUUUGCCCCACGAAGUGGGGUCUCCACCUCGGCCAGUCCCAGAGGCCUCACCCAAAGGCCUGGGCCCCCCGCACCUGUGCUGUGGCCCCUUCUCCUGCCCUGGCCUUCUCUCCCUGCAUCAUACAGUCUGGGCCCUGCAGCCCCAUCUGCACACUCACGGCUCCUUUUUUAUUUUAUAUUUGGAGAUGGAAUUGUGCUAACUCACUAAUUUUCCCAGACUGGACCCGAACUUGUGAUCCUCCUGCCUGAGCCUCCCAGAGUGCUGGCAUUAUUGGUGCAUGCCACCACGCCCAGUGACUGAAUUCCUCCUUACAGGUCUUUCCUGUUUGUGGUUCAUCUGUCCAUAUGAACAGCCUGGAUCACUGAGUCUUCAUGGCUCACCUCAUUAUUUAUUUGUUUGUUUGCUUUUGGUCUUUUUGAGACAGGGCCUCACUGUGCAGUUCUUGCUAUGCUGGCCCUGAACUCACUUUGUAGCCCAGGCUGGCCUCGAACACACAGCGAUCCUCCUGCCUCAGCCUCCUGAGUGCUGGGAUACCCCAUUACUUUAAACAAGUGCUUACUUAGUGCUGCCUUUCCGUGGAUGCUUCCAGAGGGAGCCUGGUGGGGUGUGGGAUGAUGGGGGCAGGCAAGGCUCCCCUUCUCCUCCCCUCUGUUGUCCCUCCCUCUGUUCCUGUCCUCUCCUCCCCUUUAGUCCCUAGGGGACAGUUCUGGGCACCAGGCCCCUGACCCAUUAGGAUCGUGGUCAGAGCUCCCAAGUCCCCUAGCUCUGUCACGCAUGCAUACGUUGGGGUGAAAAAGGAGGAAGUUGAGUAAGUGGUGGCCAGAGACGUAGGAGAACUAGGUUUCGUCAGGGUUUCCCCCAGUUUCUCAGCUUCUUUGUCACACCCCGAGGGGAGGGAAGAGGCUGGGCUGAGGGGAGCCCAGAGUCCUGGGCGAGGCCUCCGCAGACUCCGUUCUCCCUGGACUUUCUGCCGGGCUGUGGGAGCCUCUGCUGUGGGCAACAUGUCCCGAAGGCCUGGGGUCACCGGGCUGCAUCCCGUGUAGCUCCUGUCCCUCUCCUUGGGGCUCCCCUGCCCCACCACCUAGGAAGAGGACCCAUGGCCUGGGAGGCCACAUACCUGCUGUCCCCCACGCUGCUGGUGCUCCUGGCUUUCGGCUCCUGGGCCCAGAACCCCGAGAUUCUGAAACUGCAGGAGGGUGAGACACUCUCUAUGAUCUGUGAUUACAAGGCAUACCCAAGCAUAUGGCCGAAAGCCUGGGCUCGGAAAACGUCCGCAAAUGCUUUUACCAUAUUAGUGACCAGUGACAUGGCUAUGGACCCACGCUGCUCCAUCAGGGAUUUCCCCAGGUUUCACAGCUUCAAGGUCACCAUGUCAGGACUCACCACGUGGGACUCGGGAGAGUACUGGUGUGGAUUCUAUGAGCACCCAUAUGUCUACCUGCUCAAAACUGUGUACCUGGAGGUGGCUAAAGCUCCAACCCCACCCACCACCAGGCACACUCAGAGGACCAUGAUGGUCACAGCCCCAGCCUCUGCCACCAGCCCUGCUGUUGCCAGUCCUCCAGGUGACUGGAAGUGGAAGGCGAUCGUGGUGGCCGUGGUGGUGGCUGUCCUGCUGCUUCUGAGCCUCAGCGUGCUCACGAUCCUGUAUCUCGGGAGAGCCCGAGGAAGAGGAGCCAGGGAAGGUGAGAAGACAGACUCCCUCCACAUCUAUGACGACCUUCGGAAAGAGAACACUGACUUUAAUCAGCCAGCUGCCUCUGACCAGGACGCAGAGACCAUCCACUAUGCCUCCCUCACCCACCUAAAUCACUCUGGCACCAAGGACCCCAUUGACUCCGACAGCCACAUGGCUGACCGACUCCUGUCCGUGGAAUAUGCCAGCAUCACUCGACAAAGGCCCCAGCUCUCCAUGUCCCCUGUCCUUGAUGGGGAGCCCAGGAACUGAGGGCAGCAGGUGCUGCUCAGGUGCUCCCUGGGUGCAGAGCCACUCUGUCUGCAAAGAGGUGACUUCAUGCAGUGGACACAGCCAGGCCGGCCAGGCCUUCGUCCUCCUGCAGGAGGGAGGAAGGAGCAGGGAAGGAGCGCUCUGGGCACAGGGGAGGUGUUGGCCCUGCUCAGCCCCCCAGGCCUGGGGAGGUGCCCCCAGGACAGAGCCCAACAGGACAAGGGCCUCUCAUUCUUCCCAGUCUCGUGGCUGUCACCUGUCAUUUCCCUCCUGGUGGGCUGUGCAAGUCCCUCUGUGGCUGCCUCUGGGGCCCCACCCCAGCUCCUCUCUCACUGGCCUCCUGGUGCUGAAACCACCCCCUCUCUCCGUCAUGGAUUCCCAUGACUGCGGGGAAGAAGGUUGGGUGGAGGCUGCCUGCUGCUUGGAAGCCUCCCAGAGCUCCGGCCUCUGCCAGGCAGAGUGGGCAGGGAGCUGUCCUGCCAGUGUCUGUGAACACAGCUCCCUCAGCCGAGGCUUGUCAGUGUCCCGCAGCGUGGGCUCAGGGACACCUCCUGCCCAGUCCAAGGCCCCACUGGAGCCGGGGUCCACUUCCCAGAAGUGACAGAACUCAACUCAGGGACUCCAGGCCAAGUGGGCAGGGCCGUGGGAAGGCAGGGAAGCUCCUGUCGCCCCGACUGACGUCUUUGCUGCCACCACCUGUCUUCCAGGGUCUCCACAUGGGGCUGAGUUUCUGUCCCCAUCCUCGGGAUCCAGGAAACACAGGCUGUACCUGCAUGCAGGCCGGCAUUUGGGUUCGGGGGAUAGGCAUGGGAGGGAGUAGGGUGCCCUGAAUGUCACGCUGGCUCCUGGAGUUUCUGCCCUGUGCUGCCCGACAUCGCUUUCUCCUGGAAUCCAGAGUUGAGCGUUAGAGGCCGGCACCUCUGUACCUGACCUCCCCCGGCCCUGCCGCAGCCUUGCUCUGAGGAGGUCCCUAGCGCUGACCUGCAGCCGUGAGAGCUCUCUGGUCCUUUAUGACUCUCCACCACCUGUGCCCUCGCCCACCUGCCUGUGGGGUUCCUGUCUUCAUCUUUACUGGGUGCCCUUAAUCUGGGUCUCCUGCAGUGCCAGGGGCCAAGUGAGGGGGUCAAAACCCAAAGGAUUUUCUCCAUCUGCUCCUGGAGCUGACUGAUCUGUAUUCAUGAACAAGGAUUUAAGGCAGCCGGGUGCCUGGCCAGGGCUGAGGCUACUGAGCUUAAGUCUACUAAGCUACCAGGAUGGAGCGAUAGAGCCCACCAGACAGACAUAGCUGGAAUGCGCUUGUAAGUGAGGUACUCUCACCACUGUACAGAUGGAGAAACUGAGGCAAGAAAGAUUAAGUAAUUUCUCAAGGUUACACAGCUAAUAAAUGGUGGAUCCUAGGCCCACUGUGCAUCCUGGGAUGGAGGCAGGCAGAGGCGAGAAACAGCCCUGGGUACCUGUGAUAUGUGACAGAGCACGGUUUGGAGCUCGGAAUGGUUAAUGCGGUGGGCACAGCUGUCUGUCCACAGGUGGAACAGCACAGUUCCCAUCUUAUGCCUUACACACACGAAUCCCAGGUGUGUUAUAAACCUAAAUGUGUGCGAGCAGCCAAACAAUAAAACGCUUAGACAAAAAUGUCAAGGUCCUUAUGACUUCAGGACACAGAAGGACUUCAGAGGCCAGAAGAGCAAACUAUAAAGGUAAACAAUGUAACAGUCUUGACUGUGUGAAAGUGAAAAUCUUUGGUACGAAAGAAGACACCAGGAAUCAUGGGAAAAAAUGAGAAGGGCCAGAAGUGUGCAAAGCGUGCAAAUGAUACAGGAUUUGAGUUUGGGAGUUAUACGAGCUCAUUCACAUCAGUAAAAAGGACACACCAGUUCCAGUUUGUGUACAGGUAAAAACAGACAAGGGUCAAGAGAUUUUGAAAUAAAAACUCUUGAUAUAAACUCCCAGUCCUUAGGAAAGCCUGUCCAGGGCCAGAUGCCUGCCUGUCUUCUCCCCUGUCCCCGAUGCUGCAUCUUCUGUGGAGAUCCCUUCCCUCUGCACCCCUGCUGGAUUUCUCCAGGCCCCUUGCUCUGCCCACAACGACAUCCUGCGUCUAUGGUUUUGCAGGCUGGGCUUUGUGGUAUGCCUGCCUUUGGAGGGAUUUCAGUCUAGAAAAUUCUAUUUGACACCAAGAAAAAGCCAUCAAAAAUU